AUGGCAAGGGGUGGUUUUGCUACUAAUACUGAUUCUGUUACUGUUUCUCGGUCAUUCCCAUCGGCUUCAACAGACAAGGAUCAUGAUUACCUGGGCAAGGUGAAGGAAUGCACUCUGUUGGAUACUAUUGGAGGAGAAGCUAACCAAAAGGUGAAGGAAUGCACUAUGUUAGAUACUAUGGAGUGUGAAACUACUGAAUUGGUGGCAAAUGGAAAGGCUGCGAAAUAA